AUGAAAAGAUCGUUGGACAAAUUUUUAACUGUAGAUGGAGAACAAUUACAACAAUCGUCAUUAUUUUUACACAUUUCACCUGCUCAAACUCCAGAAACAUCAUUUGUCUCCGAAACUAUUCUGCAAAAAGACCAGCAGGAAAAACCAAGCAAUUCCGUUUGUGAAGAUGAAACAAAAAGAGAAAAUAUAAAUUUAAAAGCAUCUCAAAGUAAUGAUGAAACUAAGAGUCUUGUAAACGAUAUUGCAUUAUGGCCAGAAUACUUAACAGACGCCAUGCGAGAGUAUUAUAUAAAAAAUCCACCAAAAUCAAUAAAUGGAACUUUGGAAUCAUUUUCUAUUCGAUGCAACGAAGGGUCAAAACAAAUCACAAGAAAAUUAACUAUUGCCUCCUUCUUCAGAAUAUUUAAUAGCGGAGAAAAAGUUAAAAGCGAUUGGUUGGCUUAUACUGAAACCAACAACUUAUUGUACUGUUACGUCUGUAAAUUAUUUUCCAAGCAAACAACGCUAAUGAUAAAAGGGACGAAUGAUUGGAAAAAUGUACAUAAAAAAUCGUCAGAGCAUGAAAACUCUAGUAGACCACAGUAA